UAUUCCCUGCAAAUGAUCAAAAUUCCCUUCACUCCCUUCGGUUCCACUGAACAUCCAGCUGUGCAACAUAUUUACAUAAUUCUCUAUAACAUAAUAUCUCUGUUGUUGUGGCGCCAUAAUAGAAUACGUGCAUAUGCAUCUGCUGCUCUGUCAAGCCGGCUCAUCUGCCUGCAGGUCCAGCUUCUCUUCUUAUCUCCUACACUUUGCAGCUCAUUUUCUCAGAGGUAUAUCCUGCAGCUGAAGUGCAGUAUCAUGAUGAACAGCAGCAGCAGGAGCAGCAGCAACAGGAGAAGUGAGACUGAGGCCUCCCAUCCAGACGCUUGGCCCAACAGCCCCACAACAAUGAACAUGAACCACUAUGCCAAUAAGAAGAGUGCAGCUGAAAGCAUGUUGGAUGUGGCUCUUCUGUUGGCCAACGCCUCCCAGCUAAAGGCUGUGCUGGAGCAAGGGGCAAACCUCUCCUUUUAUGCCCCCAUCAUCACCCUGAUCAGCAUCUCCCUCUGUCUGCAGGUCAUAGUCGGGCUCCUGCUCAUCUUCAUAGUUCACUGGAAUCUGAAUGAUGAACAGAGGCACUGGAGACUCAACACUGUGGAAAACGUGGCCACAGGCCUGGUUUUUAUCAUUGUGGUAGUCAACAUCUUCAUCACAGCCUUUGGAAUCAACCGGUUGAACCGUAGCAACUGACCGAAAACAGUAUUAUUUCAAUUUUUGCUGGUCACCUAAAUUUUUUAUUUUUCACCCUCUGUGUCUGCUCCCCUUUCUCUAAUGAACCAGGGAUUCUCCGGCCUUACUGUGUAGUUUGUUCCAAUAGGCAAACAUGUAGUCAGCAUAUUUUUGGUCCUCUCCUCUCCUGACCUGACCUUUGCUGUCCCCUGCCUGACCUACAGCCUUGCAGAGAAAUUUCCACCAGAAAACAAGUCAAACAAAAUCCAUUGGUGUUUUUUUAGUACUAGAAAACCAUUGUCCUGCACUUAUGGAGAGAAAACAGCGAACAGAAGAGAAACGGCUGUAGUGACAAAGGGGUCUGGUGCAUAAACAACACUACAUUUGUUCCUGAUGGACAAACAGGAAAGUGGAGACAACAGCAGUUACUGUCUGUCUGCCUCACUGCCUGAGAGUGACCCCAUGCACGUAAAUGCUGACAGCAGAACAGGUUUCAGUUUUUAAUUGUACUGAUGAUGCUCGAGCAAUGUGCUUUUUCAGACCGCUUGGCCCAGGAGGGGUAAUGUGUCUGCUGAACACGUAUGCAGAGCUGGGUGUGCCUGAUCUGACUCAAAAGUCUGGCCCAGCUACACAGC